AUGCCGUACAAAAUCUGGGCAGAUUUGGCCAAGAUAGUCGCCACAGCGUCCAUCGUCAUCGUAGUUACUGCCCUCCUCGUCCGCUGGCGGCAGCCAUUAGAGGUGCCUAAGCCCAAGAGGCUGACCUUUCGUGUCGACAACAUCCCAAUCAAUGACACCAAAGAACUAGAACAUAAUAUAAAGUCCUUUGCUGAGCAGGACCCGGACUUGCAGAGGGCUGUUGCUACCAUAAUUUGCCAUCGUUUGACACCAAGGGACAAGCACUUUUUCUGCGCUACGGUUUCUAUUACUACGUCACUGUCUGGGGAGAACCUAUGCGCACGUCUAAGCCGAACUAGCAAAUGUUACCCAUACACAUUUACCUGCAGAUUUGAUGGAAUCACACCACUCUACGAGGGCGAGAGCGGAGCAGAUGUCGACAUCAUUGCCGUCCCAGGCCUAGGAAGCCACGCCCUUGGUUCUUGGAAAUCCAUAGACAGCGAUGAAGUUUGGCUACGAGACUUCCUGCCUAUAGACCUGCCGGAAGACCUGCCCAAGGUCCGAGUACUGCUGUACGGUUAUGAUACAACUCUACUGAACAGCCUAUCGAAACAGUCUAUCGAAGACCUAGGUGGUGCCUUGCUAGAGCAGAUCAAUGCCUUUCGAGCGAAUGAUGGUACUUCUCGCCGUCCGAUCGUCCUUAUCGGCCAUAGCCUCGGCGGAUUACUGAUCAAAGAGCUUCUUAUUCGUGCUCGUAGAGGACGAAGUAAUGCGGACUCGGACCUAUCUAAAGCUUGUUUUGGACUGCUUUUCUUCGGCGUACCGAAUCUCGGCCUCCGAAAUGAACAGUUGAGAACGAUUGUCCAGGGCCAGCCGAAUAAAGCACUGAUCGACGACUUGCUCGUGGACAACGAUUCGGAGCCCUCAACCUUCCUUAAGAGGCUUUCUGAUCAGUUUUCCGAGAGCUGUAAGGGCCACUACCGUGUAGUGACAUUCUUUGAGCGCAUCCUUAGUCCAACCUUAGAGCAUGCUCAAGACGGGAAAUGGAACAAGACCGGCCGCCCAUCUUUACUAGUAACAGAAAAGUCGGCCAUAAGCACGGGUUUAUAUGAAGACAAAAUCUCCCUUAACACAGAUCAUUCGGGGCUUGUGAAGUAUAGCUCCAGGAACCAAGCGGAUUAUCUCAUCGUGAAGGAACGACUUCAAAGACUUGUUCGUGACGCGAAGGUGAAGGUCGCAGAACGAUUCGCUAAGGACAGCCUAUACCUACCCCAGUCGAAAAUAAUACAGUCAUGCCUGAAGUCACUAGCCUUUGAGGACAUAGACAGCCGGCAGAAUAAGAUUGAUAUCGCUGCUACGGGCACAUAUAGUUGGCUUCUUAGUCACGAAACCCUGACACAAUGGACUCGUCAAAACCGAGGCCUGCUCUGGAUAAGAGGAAAACCCGGAUCUGGAAAAUCAACGCUCAUGAAAUAUGCCCUCCAAGAGAUUCCUGCUGUUUAUGACGUGGACGCUCUAGUGAUCUCCUUCUUUUUUCAUGGACGCGGCCAUGAACUUCAGAAAACUCCACUAGGGCUCUACCGAUCUCUUAUACAUCAGCUACUAAAGAGUGUAUCAGGAGCACUGACUGAUCUGGUCGAGUACUUUCAGGAACAGCAAAGGACAAUUGGCGAGCCCGGAGAUAAGUGGAAUUGGGAGCUACAGCAACUACAGGCUUUCUUAAAGUCAUCGCUUAUAAGAAUUUUGAAGACCCGUUCGGUUGUCCUAUGCAUUGAUGCGCUUGACGAGUGCGGCGAAGAACUGGCCGUCGAACUAAUCAAAGACUUCGACGAUCUAUGUUUAAGUCUCCCAUCAACAGAGUCUCGGUUCGGUAUCUGCUUCUCUUGUCGUGAGUACCCUAUUCUUGAUCUCCGUGAAGGAUCAACUAUAGUGUUACAUAAAGAGAAUAAGGCAGACAUCGCCGCUUUUGUUCGAGAGCGCUUCUCUAUAAGCGAUAUAGACACUGAAAUGCAAGAAGAAAUAUGCACCCGCGCGGAAGGUGUUUUUCUAUGGGCAUACUUUGUUAUUCAACGACUACUACGUAUGGAGCGGAAUGGGGAACCAAAAGGAAAGAUCAAGGCAGAAAUCAAACGUAUUCCUCAAGGCUUAGGUGAACUAUAUCAUGAGCUCAUUCAGGGUAUGAAAGAUCGUCCGGAGGCUCUAAAGCUAAUGCAAUGGAUCUGUUUCUCUACGAGACCGUUAACGACCGUCGAGCUACAAUGGUCUAUGGUAGUUGAUCCCGGCUGCGCACAUCAGACUCUCGACGAGUGUUACCAGUCGGAUGACUUCAUUGCCGAAAAAGACAUCGACAGAAGAUUUAAGACCCUAAGCUGUGGACUCACAGAAAUCGUACCAUCCAGAAAUGCUCGCAUUGUUCAGUUCAUCCACCAGUCGGUAAAGGACUUCUUCAUCGAGCAUGGGUUAUUGAUUCUGGGUCAGACAAGGGAAAUCGAUAUAGUAGGCCCUACUGCUCAUUAUCGCCUAUCAUGUUGUUGUGUCCGUUAUCUCAGAAUGGUUAUGAUCUCUCGGUAUAACUUCACUGGGUGGGAUGACGGGUCUAAUUUCCCCUUCCUACACUAUGCUACAACAUCGUGGGUAUCUCACAUUCAGUAUGGCGAGAAAACAGAAAGAGCCCUAAAUGAUCUUCUGGAAUACCUAGAUUGGCCGAGGGGGUCUUUUAUCCAACAAUGGGUAGAGAUAUACAGAACACUUGAGCUCUACCGUGCUCCACCUAGUGGAAGUACACUGUUGCAUAUCAUCGCAAGAUACGGGUUGACCAAGCUGCUUAAGUGCGUUCUGCUUUGCACAGACAAUGUGGAGCUGGAUGUUGAUGCCAAAGACACAGAAUAUGGCCAGACACCAUUAUCAUGGGCUGCUAAGGGUGGUCACGAUGCUGUUGUCAAGAUACUUCUCGACACAAACAAGGUGGAUGUCGAUGCCAAAGACACAAGAUAUGGCCAGACACCAUUAUCAUGGGCUGCUGAGGGUGGUCACGAUGCUGUUGUCAAGAUGCUUCUCGACACAAACAAGGUGGAUGUCGAUGCUAAAAGUAUAGGUAACUCUACACCACUCCUCUUGGCUGCCUGGCGUGGUCACGAUGCUGUUGUCAAGAUGCUUCUCGACACAAACAAGGUGGAUGUCGAUUCCAAAGACACAGAAUAUGGCCGGACACCAUUGUCAUGGGCUACUGAGGGUGGUCAUGAUGCUGUUGUCAAGAUACUUCUCGAUACAAACAAGGUGGAUGUCGAUGCCAAAGACACAAAAUAUGGCGGGACACCUUUAUCAUGGGCUGCUAAGGGUGGUCACGAUGCUGUUGUCAAGAUGCUUCUCGACACAAACAAGGUGGAUGUUGAUGCCAAAGACACAGAAUAUGGCUGGACACCAUUAUCAUGGGCUGCUGAGGGCGGUCACGAUGCUGUUGUCAAAUUGCUUCUCGACAUAAACAAGGUGGAUGUCGAUACUAAAAGUACAGAUAACUCUAUACCACUACUCUUGGCUGCUAAGGGUGGUCACGAUGCUGUUGUCAAGAUGCUUCUCGACACGAACAAGGUGGACGUCGAUGCUAAAAGUACAGAUAACUCUACACCACUACUCUUGGCUGCCUGGGGUGGUCAAAAUGCUGUUGUUAAGAUGCUUCUCGAUAUAGAUAUGGUGGAUAUCGAUGCCAAAGAUACAAAAUAUGGCGGAACACCAUUAUCAUGGGCUGCUGAGGGUGGUCACGAUGCUGUUGUCAAGAUGCUUCUCGACACAAACAAGGUGGAUGUCGAUUCCAAAGACACAGAAUAUGGUCGGACACCAUUAUCAUGGGCUGCUGAGGGUGGUCACGAUGCUGUUGUCAAGAUGCUUCUUGAUAUAGAUAAGGUGGAUGUCGAUGCCAAAGACACAGAAUAUGGCCGGACACCAUUAUCAUGGGCUGCUGAGGGUGGUCACGAUGCUGUUGUCAAGAUGCUUCUCGACACAAACAAGGUGGAUGUCGAUGCCAAAGACACAAAAUAUGGCCGGACACCAUUAUCAUGGGCUUCUGAGAAUGGUCACGAUGCUGUUGUCAAGAUACUUCUCGAUACAGAUAAGGUGGAUGUCGAUGCCAAAGACACAAAAUAUGGCCGGACACCAUCAUCAUGGGCUGCUGAGGGUGGUCACGAUGCUGUUGUCAAGAUGCUCCUUAAUGCAGGAGGUACCUGUGGAUGA